AUGUCGUUCUUUCCACCAGUUGAAUUAAUAAGAAAAAAGAAUAAGCUGGUAAAGGUGAAUAAUGAUUAUUCAUUUGAAUUUAACGUAUUAAAAAGUGGAAAGGAAAAAGCUAGUAUUAAGUCUAUAAGUAUAUGUAAUACAUAUAUAGCCCUUGCUUACAAUAAUACAAUCAUUUUUAACAAUUUGAAAGGCGAACAGUUAGAUAAGAAAUAUCAGAGUAGAGACAAUGUAAGUAAAUUAAAAUUUCGAGAUGAAAAAAUGUUAGGAGUAGGUAUGGAAAAUGGAGAAAUUGAAUUAAUAGGAAUGUUUUGUUAUGAUAGAAUAAAAACUUUUAAAGGACAUAAAUCAUCAAUUAAUGAUUUAAUUUUUAGUAAUAAUUUUCAGAGUUUAUAUACAUGUUCACGUGAUUUUACAAUAAAGAUUUGGAAUAUAUGGCAAGGUAUUUGUGAACAUACUAUAGAUUAUCAUAUGGAUAAUAUAACAUCCCUAUUAUUAUAUAAUAACAAUGAUACAGAUUAUUUAAUAAGUUCAAGUUAUGAUGGUUUUAUAUUUUUUUAUGAUAUUAGUAAAAAGAAACAUACAAAUAAAUUAGAAAUACAAGAACCUAUUGAAUAUAUUUAUGUUUUUGAAAAGGAAUAUUUAAUUUUAUCAGUUCGAAAUGUUAUAAAAUUUUAUUCAAUAACAAAUUUUAAAUAUAUUAAAGAUAUUGUUAUUUCAACAAAAACCAUUUUUUAUAUUAACAGUUUUAAAAAAUAUAUUGUCGCAUCUAGUUUAGAUAUGUCCAUAUAUUUUAUAGAUCCAUUUUACAAAAACACGGAGGAAAUAAAAAUCGUAUGUAUUGUUAAUUAUAGCAAUCAUCCCAAGUCUUUUGAAGUUUAUAAUGAUAUUAUAGCCCUUGGAGAGAUUGAUGGUACUUGGUCUAUUGAAUUAUAUCAUAAAAAAGAGAAACUAUCCAAGAAUAAAAAGAAAGAUAAAUCUAAUAAAAAAUGUUAUGAGGAUGAAAAAUUUGUUUAUAAUGAUAAAAACGUGAAUCUCAUGGUUAAAAAGUUUAAAUAUAACGACGCCUUGAUGUAUAUAAUAAAGAAUGAUCCUCAAAGUACCUUAUCUUUACUUGAUUAUUUUUCCAAGCAUAAAGUUUUGACAGCUGCAUGUAGAACGUAUUGUGUUGAUAGAGCUAUAAACAUUUUAAUUUUUCUAAGAAAGAAGUUUGUAGUCCAUGUGUUAAUGUUCGAAUUAUUUUUUUCUUUUUUUAGUGCAAACAAAUGGAUUUUGACAACAAAAGAUAAACGUAUUCUUGAUGAAUUACAGUUAUUGAAAAAAGGUUUUCUUAAUGUGAAAAAAUAUAUGAAAUAUUUUAACGAUUUGAAAGAUAUAGCAGAUUGUUUAAGGAAUUGA